AUGCCAGGUGCAGAGGCCGGCCAAGGGAAAGACACUGUGGUGGCAGAGGCCUGGGAGCGAACCAUGCCGAGGCCAAGGAAGGGAGGCAGUGGUAUUACCCCUAAGAAGGCACACAUUGUGCAGCAGCCAAAGCUCAAGCAGGACCUGGAAGUCAGGUUCCGGAAGAUUAAACGUGAUGUGUUGGUGAAAGCCAGCACCAACCUGCCCAAGAAGUUGGCAUUGCUGAAAGCCUUUGCCAAAAAGUAG